GCUUCUCCCGACAUCGUUUUGACCACAAUCUGUGCUCUGUCUACUUCCUACGAAAUCCUCUUUUAAUAUGUCUUGGCGGCAAUGGACUAACUGAAAAUCAGAGAAGAAAGCGUCGUCGUCGGCACUACAACUUACCAAUGGGAGUGCACGGUCUUUGGGAACUACUGGCCCCCGUCGGCCGCCGCGUGUCCGUUGAAACCCUCGCCGGAAAAAAGCUCGCCAUCGGUACUACCACUCUAGCCCUAACCCUAUUCCUAACUCUCAAACCUCACGAGCCUUUGAUUUUCAUCAGUAGAAUUAUGAAUUGUAUUCCAGAUGCGAGCAUAUGGAUGGUGCAGUUCAUGAAGGCGAUGCGGGACGAGAAGGGUGAGAUGAUACGGAACGCUCAUUUGCUGGGAUUCUUUCGACGAAUUUGCAAGCUCUUGUUCCUGAGGACCAAGCCUGUCUUCGUCUUCGACGGGGCGACCCCAGCUCUCAAGCGCCGUACCGUGAUCGCGCGCCGCAGACAGCGCGACAACGCGCAGGCCAAGGUCCGAAAGACCGCCGAGAAGUUGCUUCUCAAUCAGCUUAAGGCAAUGAAACUGAAAGAACUGGCAAAGGAAAUUGAGAACCAGAAGAAAAGGCAGAAGAAGCAGAAGAAUGAUGCUAAGGGUGAGAAGACUUUGUCAGAAGAAACCAACAUGGUUGGUAAUCAGUUAGAAAGGGAUAUGGUUUCCAAAAGUUUCAGUCAGGAGAAGCUAGAUGAGAUGUUGGCAGCAUCUAUUGCAGCAGAGGAUAAUGGGAGGUUUCCUAACAAUGCAUCAACAUCUGCUGCUGCUGCUGCUAUUAUUCCUGCUGAGGAGGAUGAUAGUGAAGUGGAAGAGAGGAUACUACCUCCAGAGCAUGGUGAAAUUGAUCCAGCUGUAUUAGCUUCUUUGCCUCAGUCGAUGCAACACGAUCUUCUCGUUCAGCUCAAGGGAAAGAUGAUUAUGCCAGGUGAAACGGGUAUGUUUGGUUGCAGUUCAAAUGGUGGGGAUGCGAUAUUGAGGAGUGGGCCGAGUGGCAAUCAGGAAAAGCUAGAUGAAAUGUUGGCAGCGUCUAUUUUGGCAGAGGAAAUUGAGAGGUCACCUAACUGUGCGUCAAAAUCAGCUGAUCCUUUUCCUUUUGGGGAGAAUGGUGAAGGAUACGAAGAUGAGGAUGAAGACGAAGAGAUGAUGUUGCCUGAAAUGAAUGGGGAAUUUGAUCCUACUGUAUUGGCCGCUUUGCCUCCAUCAAUGCAACUUGAUCUUCUUGUUCAAAUGAGAGAAAGAUUGAUGGCUGAAAACAGACAGAAGUAUCAGAAAGUCAAGAAGGAUCCCACAAAGUUCUCGGAGCUGCAAAUACAAGCUUAUCUAAAAACUGUUGCUUUCCGUCGGGAGAUAGAUGAAGUGCAGAAAUCUGCUGCUGGGAGCGGGGUAGGAGGCGUACAAACUUCUCGGAUAGCCUCUGAAGCCAACAGAGAAUUUAUUUUCUCAUCAUCAUUUACUGGUGAUAAACAGGCGUUUAGAACUGCCAGAGGAGAGACAAAUGGAGAUAAGCAACUAGAGACACCAAGAGAGCAUCCUUCUCAAAAUUUCAUCAAUAGUGUUGCAUCUGCCAGUAAGUCCAAUGCCAUGAGUGGUUCAGGCUUGGAUGAAUCUAGGAGGGUUUUUGAUGACAAUAUUGAAACAUAUAUGGAUGAAAGGGGGCACGUCCGAGUUAGUAGAGUGAGAGCUAUGGGGAUCCGUAUGACUCGUGAUAUACAAAGAAAUCUGGACUUGAUGAAAGAGGUUGAGCAGGAAAGCACAAAUGCAAGAAAGAUUGCAAAUGCUCAAACUAUGGUUGAUGGAGACACAAUUAGUGCCCCAAGAAGCUUUCCUGGUACCAAGCAGUCUGUAGAAACUUCACAUUAUGGUAAUAGUGAAUCUGUUAAUUUGAAUGGGAGAAAUGAGGAAUCCAAUGUAAAAAGUGACACUUCCAUAGAGAUAUCCUUGAUAGAUGGUGGGGAGAAUGGUGAUGACGAUCUAUUUGCUCGUUUAGUAGCAGGAAAUCCAGUAAAAAGCUUUUCUGCUGAUAACACCCCAUCAAGGAAGCAGUCUUCUAACCUUUAUUCAAAUUGUGAUUGGGAAGAAGGAAUCAUCAAAGAUAAAGUUGGUAGUUUCUCUAGUAACAAUGGAGGGGAAAUUAAGCCUUCACUUGAGAAAGACAAAAUUAGUGAUGAGAGUGACGUGGAAUGGGAGGAAGGGCUUUGCAACUUUCAUAAAAGCACCUCCCCAGAACAAGCGGAAGCAGGAAGAACAGUUUCUAAAGGUUAUUUGGAAGAAGAGGCUGAUUUGCAGGAGGCAAUAAGGAGAAGUCUUGAGUAUGUAGGGGAUAAGGAAUCUAGUCUUGAAUUACCACAAGUUCAGAAAAAUCUUGAAGAAGUUCGUAAAGAUAUUGCAAUCUUUGGUCAAAAAAAUAAUAUUGGUGGGAAACUUCUGGUAGGGGAGCAUGGUUCUCAAGAAAGUGAAUCAUUUUGUGAAAUAGUAUAUGGAGAUGUAAAGCCAAAUGGUGUGGCUGGAAUUACUGUCUCACAAAUCAUUGAAUGUUCUGGGAGACAGUUGAAGUCAUCUGUGGCAUGUAGCUCUGAUAACUCUGGGAAUCAGAUCAAUAAGCCAUGUGAAAGACAACCAGGUUCCCAUUCUGAACAGGCAAUGCAAGAUGCCAGUGAAAGGGACAGUUUGUACAGAGAAAUUCCAGGUUCAGAAUAUGUUGCUCCGUUGCAAAAAGAGGUCCAUGUGGUUGCAGAACAACCUCUGGGUACUUUUAGUGUUGGUGCUGGAUCGCCCAAUUUUCCUAGCAGGGGUUCAGAGCAUAAUUCUCAUAUAUCUGGUGCCAAUACCAGUGGCAUUCAGAUUGGUGAUGAGUUAAAUGAUCCUAAAACUGAAACCAAGUUGGCUGCAGAAGAAAAAAAUGGCCAACAUGGUUCUCCAUUUGAGGGAAAUGAAAAUAUCGACGCCGAAGUUAUAGAAGGUACUUUGGCAGAGGAAAUCCAAAUUCUGGGUCAAGAAUAUUUAAGUCUAGGAGAUGAGCAGAGAAAGCUUGAGCGUAAUGCAGAAUCUGUCAGCAGCGAGAUGUUUGCAGAAUGCCAGGAACUACUGCAAAUGUUUGGUUUGCCAUAUAUAAUUGCACCAAUGGAAGCAGAAGCUCAAUGUGCUUAUAUGGAACUUGCAAACCUUGUUGAUGGUGUCGUGACUGAUGACUCUGAUGUGUUUUUGUUUGGGGCAAGAAGUGUAUACAAGAAUAUAUUUGAUGAUCGAAAGUAUGUUGAGACAUACCUCAUGAAGGACAUGGAGAAGGAGCUUGGCCUGACUAGAGAAAAAUUAAUUCGGAUGGCAUUGCUUCUUGGAAGUGAUUAUACUGAAGGUGUCAGUGGGAUUGGCAUUGUCAAUGCUAUUGAGGUUGUAAAUGCAUUUCCUGAGAAAGAUGGCCUCCAUAAAUUUCGGGAGUGGAUUGAGUCACCAGAUCCCACCAUCCUGAAAAAGUUUGAUGCAGAAACAGGAUCAACUGUGAAAAAAAGAGGACCAAAAGUUAUUGACAAUGGUUUGAAGUGCUCAAAAAGAAAUUUAGAAGAAGUCUCUGGAUCUGACCUAAACAUUUUAGAAGGUCAAGAGCAGCAGCAGUCUGUAACUUCCAUGCACGACAUAAAGCAGAUUUUUAUGGAUAAGCAUAGAAAUGUGAGCAAGAACUGGCAUAUUCCUCCUGUUUUCCCUAGUGAAGCAGUUGUCUCUGCUUACUUUUCUCCACAAGUGGACAAUUCAACUGAGCCUUUCACGUGGGGAAAGCCAGAUCAUUUUGUUCUUCGCAAAUUGUGUUGGGAAAAGUUCGGGUGGGGUAACCAGAAGGCAGAUGAGUUGCUAGUACCUGUUCUGAAGGAGUACGACAAACACGAGACUCAAUUGCGGUUGGAAGCAUUUUACACUUUCAAUGAACGAUUUGCAAAAAUUCGUAGCAAGAGAAUUAAGAAAGCUGUUAAAGGAAUCACUGGGAGCCAGACCUUGGAGUUGAUGGAUAAUCCCUUACUAGAGGUUUCUAGGAGUAGAAAGAAAAGAAGGGCAAACCCUGUUGAACCUGGGGAUAAUAAGUCUGAAAAACCUUCAAGCGAAAUAGAGGGGAGUGAUGUUGGGAACCAGCAUUACUCUAUGGACAAAUCAUUACCCAAACAUUCAAGGAAAAGGAGGAAUUCUGUAGAGCCUAUUCCAGCCAUACCACCUAUGGAGACAGAAGGCAGACGAAGUCGCAACAAAGGAUCGCAUGGGAAUGGAAGAGGUGGAAGGAGAGGGAGAGGAAGAGGUGAUGGAGUAGGAAGAGGAAGGGGAAAAAGAAGUUCUGGUUUUGAACCACGUGAAAGCAGUGGUAAUGACACAGACGAUGAUGAGCAAGAAGUUCUUGUGGAGAAUUUAGAAGUGCCAGACAAAGUUCGUAGGUCGAUGAGAAUUCGGAAGCCUGUGAAUUACACUGUGAAUGACUCUAUGAUGGAUGAUGGGGAGAAGUCAUCAGACCAGAGUGAUGAAAAAUGCUCUGCUGGUGAGGCAGUAGGACGGGAUUUAUCUUCAGCCCAGGUUGUAUGUGAAGAUGCUGCUGCUGGUCAUAACGAAAACAAACAGCAUAAUAAUGCAGGAGAUUAUGCUCAUGAGGAGCACUUGCAUAUAGACUAUCAUGAAAUGGGUGGUGGGUUUUGCACUGACAAAUGUGAAAUUGAUCUGCCAGAUGUGAGCCAAUGUGGCGAUCCUUCUUUUGGGGCCGAGUUUUGUAAAGACUACCUCAAUGCGGGAGGUGGGUUUUGCUUGGAUGAAGGUGAGACAAAGAAUGACCAAGAUGGAACUCAUUGCCCUACAGCUAAUGCCUCAGGAAGCGCUGACCCAGACCCAUCCCAUCGCAUUGAUUUCACAAAUGAAGCUGAUCUUGAUUUUGGUUCAGUUCAAUCUAACUUGGGCCCCAAAGGUGCCUUGGAUGGACUUCAUGCCACAGGGAAGACAGAUGCAUAUGAUACCGAAUCGAAUCUGGACCUUCAAAAUGCUUCAAGUAAUGAGGGUAAUUCGAAGGAGGAUGCGUCACCGCCUCGGAAUACUACUGGAAAGACCUCUGUUGGAGGUCUAAGUGCUAUGCCUUUUCUGAAAAGAAAGCGUAGAAAGAGCUAAAACUCCCAGACAUUCUGGUUUUCAAAUAAUUUAUUCUUUUCUCGUAUUUUGUGUAUACCUGAUUCCCCCUCUACUUUCCCCACCUUUAAAGCUGCUGCGGCAAGCUUCCUUUAAUCCAGUUAAAUAGGAAACAAAUCAAUGAACUUACAACUAUUAAGUAAGAAGUGUAGCCGUCGAGGAACAAAUAGUCAAUUUGAU